GACGCACAGGCACACUAUCACAAGACCUCCCCGUUUGAUGCCAAUCAGACCCGUGAGCACCAAGGGAAUCAUGCCUGUGCCCAAGAAAGCAGGAAGAAAAAGCAGCAGUGCUGGGGAAGUGAAGCCACCGCCAUAUGAGCCAAAUAUCCCUGAACCCACCACCAGAGCAGACUUCAUGAAAUAUUGGCUCCCGCUCACUCUGGAUGAUAAAACUGCACAGAAACUGUUGUGGAUUUCAGAAGGUGGGUCCAAAGUGGCCCGUACGUCAGACGCUGUCUGCCCAUAUCCCAACAGGCCCGAGAGAUAUGAACACUCGCCACAGGUGCUGUGUAAGGAGGCUGUGAUGGGCUACCGGGGGUACUGGGAGGUGGACUACGAUGGCUGGGUGGUGCUCGGGGUGGUCUUUGAGAGCGCACCCAGGAAGGGGAACGAAGGGCGCGGACCCUGCGGCCUCGGGGAGAACAGCGGCUCCUGGGGCGCUGGCUGGUCUGGCUCCUGCUACCAAGUCUGGCACAACAGCGAGAACGUGGACGUCCAGCUCCCCCUGUCCUCCACUAUGGGCAUCUACGUUGACCAGCCCGCCGGCAUCAUCAAGUUCCUCGCGGUGGAGGGAGAGGGCACGAAGGAGGUGCGGCUGAUUCACAAGUUCAAAGCAAACAUCCAGGAGAAGAUUUUCCCCGGGUUCUGGGUUGGCACAAAUUCCUAUUGCAUUCUUCGGAAAAAGGAUCAGUGACAAAGUGGAGGGUUGAGCAUGG